AUUCAAAGUAAUAUACAUUAUUAUACUUUGCUUACACACCAUUUUUUGCAUAAUUUUUUGUCUUGAUAAAUAUAUUUUCGCAUUUUUUGUGCACGAAACUCGUGUUUAAUACAACUGAGAAUCAUUAGAAUUAUUAACAUUAUUAAAAUAUCGAUAAAGAACUGUUCCAUAAGCAAUUAUACAACCACAGGACAGAUAUUGUUUUUCUUCAAUUAGCAAAGCAAUUGUUCAUUUGCGAAACGUCGUUUUCACUUUACCAAGGUCGCUAUGGAUCAAGACGACGUUUUAACGAUAUUAAAAAUUUUGAUGAUAGGUGAGACUAACGUAGGGAAAUCCAGUAUUUUACUGAGGUUCAUAGAAGAUGAAUUUAACGACACUAUGCAAAAUACCGUUGGAAUGGAUUAUAAAUCGAAAAAAAUUACAAUUGAUGGCAACACAGUUAAAUUAGCCAUUUGGGAUACUGCUGGGCAAGAAAGGUUUCGUACAUUAACACCUAAUUAUUAUCGAGAUGGUCAAGGAGCUAUUUUAGUAUAUGAUGUUACAGAUAGAAGCACAUUCACGAAGCUAGAAAUGUGGCUAAAUGAAUUAUAUACAUAUUGUAAUAAAACAGACAUCGUAAAAAUGGUAGUAGGUAAUAAAAUUGAUCUUCCAGACAGACAAGUUAGUACCGCGGAGGGCUUACAAUUUGCAAGAAGACAUCAAACACUUUAUAUUGAAAGUAGUGCAAAAACUGCAGAUGGUAUUAAAUGCUGCUUUGAAGAACUUGUACAAAAGAUUAUUCAAACACCAGGUUUAUGGGAUUCGUAUGCUUACAAACCUUUUUACACUGCUAAUGGUGUAAGUGGACCAAGGAAUCGUACAGGUAGAAGAGGAUUAAAAUUGACAGAUGAUUAUGAACCAGAUAAUAGCUACUCAAGCUGUUAUUGCAAUUUAAUAUAAUUUAUAGGAAAAGAUCAAAUUGUAAACUGUCGUAAAUAAUA